UGCGUGGAUACCGGUGAAAUACAGCCAUCUUUUGUAGUUGCAGCUUUCGCUUUCGUAUUAUUGUGGUACACGUAAGGUCUGCGGUAAGGUAAGGUAGCGUAGGCGCAGUUAGGGACUAUGUUCCGUUUGUUGACACUUCUACUGAUAUCUUCGUAUGAUGCUCUCUGCUUCUUAAACUUGGAAGAGAUCAGAAGCUUCAACUAUGAUAUUGAUAUUCUCAGCACGCCAGUCAAAACUGGUGAAGAGACAAGACAGUCGGUGAUGCUUAUGACUUCAAAAUUUGGUCAGGAUUAUCAGUGUUCAUUACCAGAAGAGCCUAGCACUUCUGAGUCUGCUGAUGCUUCGACAGAUGAAACUGAUGUGCCAAACGUUAUAAAGCUUUUAGAACCCUUGAGAAACGGGCCAUGUCUGACCAAGACAAAGAAUUGGUGGACCUAUGAGUUGUGUUAUGGGCAGUCAAUAAAGCAGUUCCACAUUGAAAAUGGAAAGCCAGAGGGUGCCAUAAUUUACUUGGGGCUUUAUGAGUCUGACUUUGACUGGAACAAUUUGACAAACCUGGAACAGCUCAACAAGUCAGGACAGCAAAAAUAUCACAGCCAAAUAUACAAUCGAGGAUCCAAUUGUGACAUAACAGGCGUCCACAGGAGAUCCGAAGUUCGGUACUACUGUGAAGAGGACUCUGCUGACUAUAUCUAUGCUGUUGAAGAGCCAGAAACAUGCAGCUACAUCUUCACCAUUCACACUUCUCGAGUGUGCUCUUUUCCACCUCUGAAACCUCCUGCAUCACCCAAGCCUCAUACAAUCCAUUGUAGUCCACUCCUGUCUGAAGAGCAGUUUCAAAAGUACCUUGAAAUCAAAGAAAAGGAAAGAAUAGCAGAAGAAGAGAAAAGGAAGAUAUGGCUCCUUGAACAGCAAAAAAACUUGGCUGCCAUUAAAGCCAUUGUCGCGAAAAAGCAAGGUGUUGGAGUGUCUGACCAGGAACCUGCGGAAGAUGUCGGUGCAAAUGACGAUUCCGAGCAUGACACAUCUUCUGCUGUUGAACAAGAACGUGUGCAAGAAAAUCAAGGUGUAAAUGAAGAAGAAGAAGAACAUGCCGACAUGUCAGAAAAUGGGGAAGCUGAUGUGGAUAACCAGCAUGCUGCAAGCGUAGAUGGGCUUCCAGAAGAUACAGACACAACCAUGCAGGACACAGAAGGGAAUGAUGCUGAACAUGCAUCGGCUGACGCAAGGGGCGAGCUGGGUAGUGGUAUUGCAGAGCAGUUCAAAGAACUGCUAAAUGAAGCAGAGCAAGAGCUGCAGGAUGAAGCAUAUGGACACUUCAAGGAGUCAUACCUCAAGCUGGACUCAACCAUUGAGCGACUAAUGAAGCAGAUCAAUGAUGCAGAGAAAACUGUAGCCAAAGGAACGAGUCAGCCGGACAAAGCCUCACCCGAAGAACACAGUGGUGAAAGUGAUUCUGGAGAUGCUCCCAAUGCUGCUUUGGAAGACGAAGAAACUCCUGCAGAAGGCUUCCAUACAAAGGGAGAUGAAGAGAGUGAGGACGCUGAGGAAGAUGAUAAAGAAGAGGAGGCAGAGUCAGAAAACAUGCAGAAGAAAAAUGUGUUUGAUGAUGGAAAGCUGAGGGUCAGGAUACAACGUAUAGAUGCCAGACAACUGGCCAAAGCAAAAGAUAAGGCAACUUACAAAGAGCAGGAAUUGCACUCAGAGGAUAAAGCGAAGCUUGAAAGUGCCCUGAAGGAGCGGUUGCAAAAAGCUGGACUUGAUACUGAAGGAAGAAAAAUAGAAGUCAAAAUAAUCACUGCUGGCUUCUUCGAUGAUGAUGAAGAAAAGGAUCUGAAAAUGCUGUCGCCUGAAGAAACUCAGCAAUUUCAAAAUAUGAUUGUUACAUUAUUGAUGGGUAAUCAAGAAGCUAUUCAGGAAGUAGAGAGACAAGAACGGCUCGAGAAGAACUAUCAGUUCGUCUGGGGUGAAGAUCUCAGUGUAAAAUCUGAAAACGACGACAGCGACCGGUAGCCACAGCCUUCCACCUCCAACAGGGCAGGAGUCUAGUCAGAUGCAUUUUUCCUACACCAGCCAUUUUCAUCCCUUUCUUGAAGAUGAAGCUACAAGAACAGAAGCCAAGAAAAUAGGAAACUUUUUAUUGUCUCACUAUGCCUUUUCAUUGUUCCACAGGUGCUUUCAGGAGAAACUGUCAUUGCAUUCAUAAUAAAUAGCUGGUUGGAAAAGAU